AGGAUAUAAGGGAUAGUCUGGUGUGAUUUGACGUCAUUUCUAAAUGACAACACUUUAACUAAUCUUUGAAAACAUGGCACUUCAAUCACAGGUGCUGUAUGAAAAGGAGGGUGUUUAUAUUCAAGUGAAUGUAAAUUCAAACUUGACUGACCGAGAUGCUCACAUUCCGGGCAAAGUAUAUCUUAUUAAGAAGCCUGAUGGAAUAUUUAUUGAGUGGAAGGCAGAAGAAGUCCUGAUGUUGGAUGGACAGAAUGCUGCAGACCAGGAGUGGGCUGUUAUUGGAUCUAGUCUAUCAGUGGGCUACAAACCUGAUAAAGACUCCGAUGCAUUGAAUAUGAAAGCAGAGUUAAGGAAGAAGUAUAACAUCUGCUUUGACAUCUUAGACCUAAAGAGCUUCAAACGAAGUGCUCCAAAUCAUGGCUGGGCUUACAUCAUAUUUAUCUUAAAAGAUGGCACAACGUUUCCAGCCUUACAUUUCCACAAUGGAGGAAGUAAAGCAUUAUUGCAACAGUUUGGAAAAUACAUCCAUAUUAAAAGGUCCCCAAAUGACAAUCGCUUGUUCAUAGUCCAAGAACAUGACCCUGACAUGUUGUCCAAGUCCUUUGAUGAACUUCACCUCUUUGCCGACUCCUCAGGGGAUCUAGUGUCUAAAUUCAUCAAAGACCCUUACACCACCACCCUGGGAGGGUUCUCCAAAGUGACCAACUUUCUGAGGGACACAAUGUUUCAACAGGUGCCCGUGACCCAGAGGCCGAAAGAGGAGGUGGCGGAAAUCCUGCACGCUGAGGAAAUUCCUGGGAUGGAAAUCAGUCAACAAGAGGCGGGGUUUGAAAUGGUAACAAAGACCAAACUACCCACAAGACCACAAGUGACCAGAAGUAACCCACUGACUGCUAAACAGUGGUCAAAACACAUGGACACUGACGGGAGGAUAAAGAAUAUAGAAAACCUCAAGGACGUUAUAUUUAGAGGGGGUAUAGAACCCAAUUUAAGGAUUGAGGUCUGGAAAUUUCUCCUGGGCUAUCAUGACUGGCAGUCUACUUAUAAAACCAGGACAGACGAGAGGAAACGAAAAGUAGAUGAUUACUUUAGAAUGAAGUUACAAUGGAAAACCAUUAGUGAUGCACAGGAGAGAAGGUUUUCUACACUAAGAGAAAGGAAAUGUCUCAUUGAGAAAGACGUGACUAGAACAGACAGAACCCACAAAUUCUUUGAGGGAGAAUGUAACCCUAACUUACAGGUCCUCAAUGACUGUUUAAUGACCUACUGCAUGUAUAACUUUGAUUUAGGGUAUGUCCAGGGGAUGAGUGACCUCCUGUCCCCUGUCCUGGUGGUCAUGGAGAAUGAAGUGGACGCCUUCUGGUGUUUUGCUGGACUCAUGGAACGAGUGUGUGAUAAUUUUGAAAUGGACCAGGCUGGCAUGAAAGUCCAGCUGUCUCAGAUCCACAAGUUAAUGCAGUUUGUGGAUCCCGAGUUGUGUAGUUACCUAGAGAGCCAUGAUUCAGGAAAUUUCUACUUCUGUUUCCGAUGGCUACUUAUUUUGUUCAAGAGAGAAUUUUCUUUUAACGAUGUGAUGAGCCUUUGGGAGGUUUUAUGGACAGACAGACCUUGUAAAAACUUCCAUCUCCUCAUCUGUUUGGCUGUGUUAGACACAGAAAAAUCCACACUGAUGGAAAACAAAUUCGGGUUCACGGAAAUACUCAAACACAUUAAUGAUAUGAGUGGUGCAAUUCAUCUGGAGGACACACUGAAGAAAGCAGAGGGCAUUUAUUUACAAUUAAAAGACAGCAAAAAUCUGCCAAGUGCCGUGGCAGAAAUUAUUGGACUGGACGGUGUGUCACCAAGUGAUUCGGGUGAACUUGCUUCCAGGGAAAAGCCACCACAAUUAGAUCUAAAGCUGAAAGAGAACGGACUCCACACACCGAAUUCCGGGACAGGCACCACAGGAAAUACGCCCGAUGACAGUAGUAUCGAAAUUUUAACGGAGAACGGCGACGUCGGUGUCAAUAAUUUCUACAACUGAGUCUUCUCUCUUGUCAUUUGUGGUGUGCAUUUUAAGACAUUGGAGACACAAGGUAUUGAACGGGUUCAAUAACUUGUGUGUGCUUGUUCUUUACAGGUGUAAACACAUCAUGGCAGUUGUGUGCUAGAUAAGCAAGUAUAAAUGCCAAGUCAUACAAAACCUUAUUGGAGAAUGUUGCUUUAUAAGUAUACAAACAUAUUUUGUAUCAGUUAAAAUUAUUUUAAAGCAUCUUCCCAAAACAAUACAUGUACCAUUUUGAAAUUGCCAGAUUAUACCUUUAAAUGUAUGUGGAUCAAUUUUAUCACGAGAAAUGAUUGUGCUUGUGUUGAUAUGGUAUCUGAAUGAGGGAGCAAUGAUUAAUAUGCUUUGUCAGCAAAAAUUUUUUACAUGAUUUAUGGGGACAAAGCUGUUUUAAUUACAUGUAUAACCAUAUUCAUGAAUCUGUCAAAUAAAGUAUUGUAGUUGUGCAUUGAUUAUAAAUUCGCCAUAUUGCUUUUUUUUUGGCAAACCAAUACCAUAGCAUACACUGUAUUAUUGAAGUAUGAUUGAAAAGCAUUGAAUGUGUUAUUGAAAGGAUCGAAACCCAAGUAAAUCUACACAUUAUUUGAAUAUGGAAAUAAACAAUAAGGUACUUAUGUAAAUUUUUGAAUGUUAAGAGUUUUUCUGUGUUGUGAGUGAAUCAUGAUUUUGUUUUUAUUUGAAAUGGUGCUUCUUCAAGUGCUGGGUUUGGAAGUUGUACAUUGAACCAAUGAUAUUUUCUUUCCUUUGAGGGAUUGUAAUAUUUCCUUGUAAUCUUUUUUAUCAUGUAGCCCUAUAAUGUUAUUUAACUAUAUAUAUUUUGUUUACGUGUAUAGGUACAUGUAUGCGGUACUCCCUAUUUAUUUAUAUUCUUUUUUCAAUUUUUGAGAUCGUAAAGUAGAAGUUUUUUCUUUGUUUUAGUAUAAUAUUGAGAUUUCUCAAGGAUGCUGGGUACUGUUUUUUUUUUCUACAAUGCAGUUUAGCUCUGCUACAAAAUAAUUUUUGGUUGUAAUGGGUAUAUAUUUUGUUUCUCUGUUUAGAAUUUCACCAUUUUCCUUACCUUUCUUUUGGUUACAAACUCUUGAUAGUUAAGAUAUAGUCAACACAUCUACAUGUAUCUACAAUCAUAUCAGUUUAACUUUAAACAAUAGCAUUAAAGUAAGAGACAUAGGUCAUAGAAUUUUAAAAGAUCUCCAAGCAGAAUAUUUUUAACUGCAUUAUUGUGCACAGUUUUACUAUAAUUGCUCUUUAAUUACAGUUCUCAUACUUGUGUAUUGUACAAGUCGCCAUAUGAUUUCAUUGAAUCUGUUCAGUGUUGUUUAAAACACAUCUUAUAAUAUUUAUGAUACAAUUAACUUUACGGUACACUGUGGAAGGAUUUAAGAGGCUAGUUCCGAAGUAGUUCCUGCAAAAGAUUUGAUACAUGUUUAUGAUUUUAAUAUUGAUGAAAGAUUUCAAAGUUCAAGUACUUUUGUACUUAUUUUGUAUGUAUGCCAAGAUCAGUCAUAAUCAAAACCAUUCCAUUAUUAUGAACCAAGAUAUAGUUACUAGUCUAUCAUAGCUAUUUUUCUGACAGCUUUAAUUUGUAGCAUAGUAUUGCUGAAUUAUUAGAUUUGACUCGACCAAUUUAUAAUAAGUUCAGUUCCAGCUUUGAUUUAGAUGCACCUUGUAUGUUUUUCACUUGGUAUCGGUUUCACAACUUCACAUCUAAAGAUUGAAUCAUUACAUUCUUGAAUGGCAAGAAGCAAUAUAGUUUAAACUGACACAAAGGCUCAAUUUUUUUAAAAAUAUUAAAAACAACACACAAAAUCAUGUCAUGGACACAAGUACUGUACUGAAGUACAUUACAGCAAAAUAACAGUAUUUAUUUUUUCUAUAGAGACAGUUUAGAAGAAUUAUUUGUGAUUAGAACAAAAUUGUGUAUUUUUAUUUGAAAACCUGAUGAAAACAAAGAUGUACAAAUCUAGUCAAAAGCUAGAGAGCUACCGGGUAGGUUUAUUUUUGUGCAAUUUUGCGAAACUGUAUUUUUUAGAUAUUGACAAAAAACUGUAUGCAUUAUCAUUUGGACAGGAAGUCUUGUUGUAGUAGAUAUGUAAUAGAAACUUGCUCUUAGUUUCAGAUCUUGUUUGUGUAUUAGGCGCUAGGUUAAAUUAGGUUUUCAAGUUUUAACAUAGAUUGUAAGUGUAAAUAAUGUUUGCACACAUACAUGUAGGUCUCAGUUGUACAGUUUUAAAACAUUGAUUAUUGAAAUUAAACCAAUACACAAAACUAGAAAUAUGUUUCUAAAACCCACCUACUAUAAUUUAAAUCCUGCAUGUUUUAACCUUUGUACUUCCACACAUUAGAAAUCUAUAAUUGAUGUUUAGUUGGUGCAGUUGAAUUCAUCUUCUGGGUUUUUUUUUAUUAUUAAUUUGUACAAAUUGUGCAUGCAUGGUGAUAUAUUUUAAGAUAUUUCAAAAUGGUUCCUUGCCAAAAGUCAGAGUAAAUGUGGGACAUGUUUUAUUUGCCUGUUAAAUUUUUGUACAUGUGCUGCUUGAGUCAUGAGAACAUGUUGGCUAUAACUGCUGACGUGCUGUUGGUAAAUCUGUUUUUUUUUCUUCUGUGAUACAUUUUGAGUGUCAUUUAUUAAUUUAUAUCAUAUGACAGAAAAAACUUGAUUAAUAAAUUAUCAACAAGAA